AUGAUUUAUUUAGAAUGUAGAAAUGAUUAUAAAGUAUCAACAGAACAUAUUAAAAUUUAUACAAACCGAAUUAUAUGCGCGAGACCGAAUUAUAGCCGUAUGACUGAAGAAAGAUGCCCUGAUUUAACAACAUUACACAAAAGUGCAAUAUCCCCAUUUGAUUUAUUGGAAAUUUUUGGUCGAAAAUACCGUCGAAUUGGAUGUAAUAUUCUAGAUUCAACACCAUUUAAUACAAUUGAUCAAAUUGGAAUAUUUUUUAAAAAUAAUUUAAAGAAUUCGUUUACAGAUGUAAGAUUUUCUAUAACUAUAGAAACUGUACAAAAUAUUAAACGUAUAGGUCAUCAUGCAAGUAUAGCAAUAAUUGCUGGUAAUAAUGAAAAUGAAGCUGCAUUAGUACAAAAUUGGUACAAUACAAAACCUGAGCAGAAACGUUUUGAAAAAGAAUAUCGGCUUUUAUAUAAUGCAACAAUCAACGAUAAGUUAAGAAAAUUUUAUAAUCAUCCAUCAAGACCAGAAACAUUAACAUCAUCACCAUCAAAUGGUGAUAAAACUAUUGAAGACGAUUUUAUAUCACAGCCACAAGAUCCAAAUUAUGGUGACAUACAUUUCUAUGAAUAUUUUCGUGAUUGGUCUGAUCCAGACGUAUAUCCAAUACCAAGAUUUUCCUCAGAAUAUGGUUUUCAAUCAUUACCACAAAAAUCUGCAUGGGAUAAAAUUAUGUAUAAUCAUGAUAAUUUCAAUGAUUUAUUAGAACAUCGUCCACAUUUACCAUUUGGUAAUGAAAUAAGAUCAUGUUUAAUAUUCCGACAAUUACCAUUAAUAACAUCAGAUCAACCAGAUUAUGCUGAAAAUAUUAUAUACUUUAGUCAGCUUACACAAGCUUUAGCUACAAAAUUAGAAACUGAAAUUCUUCGUAAAAAUCGUAAUAGUAAACAUAAUACAAUGGGCGCAUUAUAUUGGCAGUUAAAUGAUGUUUGGAUAGCACCAUCAUGGUCUUGUAUUGAUUUUAAUGGAAAUUAUAAGUUUCUUCAUUAUUGGGCUAAAGAAUUUAUGAAACCAAUAUCAAUAAUAGCACAUUCAAAUAAAAGUACAAAUGAUGUUGAAAUAACAGUUAUAAGAGAUACCAUCGAAAAGUCACCAUUAACCUUUAAUAUUAUUCGGAAUACUUUCUUAUAUAAUACAUUAGCUCCAGCAAAAAUAUAUGCAGCCAAAACUAUUUCUAUUAAACCAGAUAGUGUAUUGUCAGCUGAUACAUUCCAACUUGAAUCAAAUUUAGAUCCAAAAACAUAUUUUUAUGAGAUUCUUCUUAAAGAUGGUAUUCUUCUUAAAGAUACUAUUGCUAAAACAUAUCAUUUUCCUCAACCUAUUAAAAAAGCAGUCGGAUUAAGAGAUCCAAAUAUAGAGGUGGAAAUUUAUACAAGCAAAUAUCAGGCUCCAAUUUCAAGUAUUAGUAUUGGUGUUAAAGUUAGUUAUCCAGCAUUAUUCGUUUACAUAGAAAUUGUACAUGAUAAUAUUACAAGUUAUACAUUAUCAGAUAAUGGUUUUAUACAAACUGAUCCAAUUAAAAUGAUUUAUUUAGAAUGUAGAAUCUGA